CAACUGUGGUUAAAUGAUCACAUAUUUAAUACGUUUAAUUAAUUACUCAGUUAUUUACGAAAUUGUUGCACUUUUGGCCCUUUAUGCUCAAACUUUUCGCCAUCUUGAAAUUAGGAAAAACUGCAUCAUGGUUCAAUAAUCUUGACCAGGGCUUUCUCGCGAGAUUCCACAUCACAGUCACAUGACCCGGCUGGAUGAAAACGAGGAAGUCAUGGGUUGUUUGGAGUGACGGCCGAAAACAAAGCUCAUUUUUAGCCAUGUCGCUGCACAGAAAUGACUUGGUUUUUGUACUUAUAAGUGUAAGUAUUCAUGCUUUCGGAGUUAUUAACGCAGUGGACGUUACCGCUUCGGUUUCAGCUGCAAAACCGCAACAAGCUCCUAGUUAUCUGAGCCCGGGCUCCUCUGCUGUGGUCAGCUCUCCUGUUUUCAAGCCUGCUGUGGACUCUGCGUUGUCCAUCGGUCUGCUGUCCUCUUUCCCGGAGGACCUGGAGAUCAGCGAGUACUGCACGGGGCUGCUCCGGCUGUUCGGUCAGCGGUAUGUAACGUAUGUGGACUGCCUGGUUCCGGCUGCUCGACCCGUCAAAGUGUGUCAGGACUGCUUCACAGCGUAUCGCAGUCUCUCUGAAGUCUUCCUGAACAUCUCAUCAGACCAGAUGGGACCUGGUAAUGUGAGCUGCAGGGACAGCAUUCUGCGCAGUGACCGACUGAUGCUCGUUUUCCUGCUGUACAGUAACCUUGAUACCAUUUGGCAAAAAUCAAACUGCCAACAAUGUAUCACGAAGGAUUUAAAGGACCGGAACAAUGACACACUUUACUUCCUGACUCUUCUCAAUCAAACCAUUACAUGUUUUGAGAAGUAUAAACAGGGAAAUCUUACAGAAGUGUGCAAAAACUGUGAAGUUACUUACAAAGGGUUAAAUGAGCUGUACAGCGGCAUGGAGAAGAAUAACACCCUGUGUAUUGACUUGGAGGAUGCGAUGAAUAUGACCCGCAAACUUUGGAGCAAGACCUUCGCUUGCUCCAAUCCCCGCGAGGAGACGGUUCCUGUCAUUGCUGUGUCCAGCUUUAUGCUCUUUCUGCCUAUCAUCUUCUACUUGAGUAGCUUCCUUCACUCGAAACAAAAGAAACGCAAGCUUAUACACGCCAAGCGAGCAAAGUCAUACACCAGCCUGAUGAACAUUCAGGACAAACAGAGCUGAAGAGGACUUGAGAGUAGAACGUUUGGACUGGGAGAACCUGUGUUGUUAUUCUGCCCAAAUACUGGGGUGUUUUUGGCUCAAAGACUAAAGAACACAUUUUUACUUUUUUACCAGUAUUCACAAGACUGGAAGGAUCAAGAUAUAAAGAUGAAAUGAAAUGUAUGCUGUUGUAUAAUGUCCAAACAGGUUUGGGAUCAUUAAAUGUUUGCUUUCACAUCCUGUCAAGUACUUUUCUUAAAACACAAUCAUCUGUAAUAGCAGAUUUGGAAAUACUUUAAUAAUCCUGAAGGUACUUCAGUAUAUUUGUACUGCUGCAUAAUAGGUCAAUGAGUAAAAAUAUUAAUAUUUUUUAUAUAAGCAUAUAAAUUAUUAUUUUUAAAAUCUAUAAUGGAGCCCUUCACAGUUUUACCGCAGGAAUUAACAAAGCCAAUCUGUACAAUUUGAAUGCUCUUAACAUUCUUACAAUUGUGCAACUAGUCUGUUUAUUUUAAACCUAACAUGAUGAAUAGCUUUAUUGCAGGUUUUCUGUUUGGAUCACUUUAACUUCUAACAUUACAAACUAAUCAGAUGGUUAUUAUUAUAUCUUCACAAUAUCCUUUUAAUCCUCGUUUCACCAUUCCUUCUUUUUUAACUUGUUUAGCAAUCUUUGGGUUGUUAAGUCGUUCUGUAUGAAUAUUGUGUGUGUGUGUGGCUUUAUGUGCUCUAUUUAUGGAUGGAGAAAUGGGUUUUCUGUCUCUAAUGUAUGUCCAGAAGAGAGCUCAAAUAGGAAGCACUUGAUGUCCAUUAGUGGUGACAUGUAACUGCUGUAAGAAGGAGAGGUGAGGGCUGGGGAUGCACAUUGGUUGGCUGGGGAGUAAAUAAAGACAUUAGACACAAUGUAAGAGCACUCCAAAGUACCUCAAUGUGAUGUUACCUGUUUUCUGGUCAGCUUCUUUUUUUUUGAGGUUGCAUAAAGCUUUUAAUGUGCUCUGUUGUUGUUUUCCACUGAUAUUUAAUUUCAUUUGUUAAGGGAUUCUGCAUAAAAUCACCUUGAGGAUGGCUAAGUGCUCCAUUGAUGAAUAUGCUCUGAAGUAAUGCAAAACCUUAAUUUUUGAAUGCAAAUAAAUACGUUUUGUCGCAAACAUG